UAGUCUUGCACUUCCGUUGGUUGAACAAUCUCUCACUCUGUCUAGUGGGUUCGUCGGGCACGGCCGGAGGCGCAAGCAAAUCUACAGAAGGAGCCCCCAUAGCUUGCGAUCACCGAGUUCCUUGCCUUAAACAAUCGAUCAAGGGGCUUACCUUUCUCAAAGCAAAUGGCAUCCUAAUAUCAGCGGUGGGCAGUUAAUUUGGUGUAUGAUGGCUGCUUUCGAAGGAAGCAAACGGUCUCAAGCUUCAACAGCUCUACCUCCACGCAAAAUCAAUGUCAAGAAAUUCACAGAGUCUCGAGGUCCCGAGCUUGAGGCUCUUCACUCAAUAGUUGCGGAUCGGUUGAGCAAUAAUUUCAGGUCUCGGAGGAACAAGAGACGGAGAACCACUGCAUUCGACAAUCAGGUUGCGAGGAAGAGCUGCAGGAAGAAGCGGAAGUUAGGAGGAGAAGUUGAUAAGGGCAAUGCUUUGGACAAAGAUAAGGAGAAGAAGGUUCCUCGGCGUGUUCGUCGCAGAGUUGAGCUUCAAAUGAAUCCGGAAAAUGGUUUUGUUGCUUCUGGAGAUGGGACUAAGAGACUGAGAAUGCAUGUUUGGCAUGCAAAGCGGUUCACAAUGAUGAAGCUCUGGGGCGUUUACCUUCCUAUGGGUUUGCAGGGCAGAGGAAGGGGUUCUAGGGCGCUCUUGAAGUGGUUUAAACACGGGGUGCUCAUACAUGAUGCAAGCUAUCAUGUUGCUGUCCAAUUGGAGGGUCCGGAGGAUUCGUUAAUUUCAGUUCUAAAGAUGGUAAUGGUGCCUUCCCCUUCGGCUCUUUCUGAAGAUAUUUCUCACUCUGUUAUUUCUGGUGUCAUAUAUGGAAGUGCUAUGCUUCAUCAUGUUGGAGCACCUGUUUCUCAGUCAAUUGCUCCUGUGACCUAUAUGUGGCGACCCAUUCUUAAUAGAGAUAGUGAUGCUAUGGAUCAUGAUGGUGAUGGAUGUAACAAGCCAGAAAGUAUUGAGUGUUAUUCUUCCUUUCGCCAGAUAUGGGUGUGGAUACAUGUUUCUGCUUUAAGUGAAGGAUUUGAUUCACUAAAAUUUGCUUGCCAAAAGGAGAUGGAUGAGAGGGGAUGUCUGGUCAAUUGUUUUUCGCGUGAAGGUCAACUUGCAAAACUCGAAGUAUUGGGAUCAAAGGCAUUCCAACAUCUUCAGAAGAUAUUACAUCCUGUUACUUGUUCUUCAGAGAAUUCUUGGCCAAUGAAGAUACAUUCAGCUGCAGUGUCCGACAAUGACCCUCAAUUUAAGAGGUCUGCUGUUCUUGAAAAUGGAGAGGGUUUUGGUACUCAUGCAAUUUUGUCUCUUAGAGUCAAGGAUCCUCGCAUAAUGCCUGAGACAGGGAUUGCAGAUGUUCCGGAAUCACUUUCUACUGGUAUGCUCAGUGUACCAGAAGCUGAAAUUAAAGAGCAUGCUGCAUUACCAGGAAUAUCAGACAACAAGGAGUUGCUCUUAUCAAUUUGGUCAAAACCUGAAGGAAAGAGCACUAUUUAUUAUGACAAUGAGUUAUGGAAUAAUGGCAGUGGAGUAAGUCCCCCUGUGGAAGAGAGUGUGUUGUGCAUGGAAAAACAUCACCUGCAUAUGGAUAACUUUUGUCUUGACGAUCCAAAUUCAGGAGUGCUGAACACUUCAACCAAGGUGCAGUGCUCAAGAUCUUGCCCUAUUCUGCUUUUAAAAAAUAAUAACCAAAAGGGCUCACUUAUAGGAUGGUCCAUUGUACUUCCCUUAAGUUGGGUCAGGGCCUUUUGGGCUCCUCUUGUCUCCAAGGGAGCUCAUGCAAUAGGUUUGAGAGAGAAGCAUUGGGUUGCGUGUGAAAUGGGGUUGCCAUUUUUCCCUUCGGAUUUUCCUGAUUGCAAUGCAUACACAAACUUUAUGGCAACUGAAGCUGAUGCCUUUAAUAAAAAAGCAGAACGUUGUCCUCCUGAUGUAAGACCUUGGAGAGUUCCCAUUCCACCCCCAUGGGACACUGUCCGGCUUGCUUUUAACGAAGGACCUGCUAGAGUUGGAAAUGGGGAAAUUCACAGUGAGGAAGAUAUGGUUGAUAGGAAUUUUUUGUCCAACUCUGAUUCAGGAAAUUGUAGUAAAUCAUCGUUUGUUUAUCAUGGUAAUCAAUUUGAUGGACUGGUAGCAAGGACAUACUCCGUGCUGACUGAUUUCAUGAGAGGAAUCCAAUGUGAUCGUUUGCUUCUAUUUCCUCAACUACCAGACAGGAAGACAAGUAUUUUUAAGUUUAUGAAGGAUGAAAGCAUGUUUGGCCUCUGCCUAAAUGGUAUUGCCCAGUUUAGUUAUGAUGGUAAAUUAUGUUAUCUUCGAAUUCUUCUCCAUGCUUAUAAGGAAGGCGUUUUCGAAGAGGGAGCUGUUGUGUGUGUACCUCAACUUAGUGAUUUAUCACUGAUGAUUACAAGGUCAGGAAAUGACGAGGAAAGACUUCAAAUGCCUCAAUCUGCUGUAAGAUCAUACUUCAAGGAGCAAUCUUCUGCUAGGUGGGAACUCCACAUACCAGAAGAUGCUGUUGCAAGGGAAUCUCAUCGGUGGCCGAUCGGCUUUGUCACAACGGGAUUUGUUCGAGGGAGCAAGAAGCCAAUAGCAGAGGCUUUAUGUGAGGCAGUCUUGCUCGCUCGUCUUAGAGAGGAGCAGUGGAAGAAUAUGCCCAGAAAGCGAAGAAAGGAGAUCUAUGUGCUGGUUAGGAAUCUAAGAUCUUCAUCCUAUAGGCUUGCUCUUGCGACCAUCGUCCUGGAACAAGAGGAAGAUGUGGAAUUUAUGUGAGCUGCUGGAAACUCAUGGUUUUUGUAAAUGUCAUGUAGAAUGAGAUCUGUAAUUUUUUAUUUUUGCUUUAUUUAUAUCUUUGCAGGUAAAUACCUGCACUUCUUUUCUCACUGAGUUGAAUCGAAUUUGGUGAAAAAGAAUUACCCUUGAGCAAGAAGAAAAUUUUGAUUUAGGGCU